AUGUCCUCCACCCCCACCGACUCCCCGAUCGGCACGCCCAUCCAGCCGAUGCACAACCCCUCGCAGGCGGCGCACGUCGUCGUCCCCCAGGCGCCGCUCGGGAACGCGACCAACGGCCAGCUGCCGGGCAUGGGCGCGAAGGCCCUCCUCGCCAAGAAGUUCGCCAAGUCGCAGAACCCGAUGUUCGUCUCCCCGACGGACAACAUGCUCACCCCGGUCAGCCAGAAGCUGAACCAGACGAAGAAGAAGCACUUCGCAAAGGGUGCCGCGAAGCCCAUGCCGUCGCUCUUCAACCAACAGCAAGUCGCGGGGUCGGACUCGGACCAGGAGGAGCCCGCGUCGCAGACGUCCGCCGCGCCUCCUUCGUCUUCCGCGGCGCCGAUGGACGAGGACGAGAACCCGUUCUGA